AUGGCGCCACAGACGAUUGCAAAUCGCUACAUUAAGCUCGAAGACCUCCGAAGUCUGCUUACUAAGAAAUUCGGCGCGGGCAAUUUCACAAUACAGACCCCGGCGCAGGAGGUUGUAUACCUGACCAACUCUAUUCUGCGAGGAGCGCGAAAAUGUUUCGCGAUUUUAGUCUUGAUUAGCCGCACCGCAGCUAUUUCCAACUUCUUCCAGCGUGACUCACUGCAACGAUCUUGUCCUGAUGAUGGCCUACCAUACACAUCGGAAACACUACAAAGAAUAUUCGAGAAAGACACGACAAGUCUAACGGUUAAGCGCUUUCUAGAGAAGCAAUGGAUGUUUGUUAUACCGGUCUUUCGGCGGCACAUGAUCUCCCGUAAGCUCGACAAAGAGAUCAUACUGCCUUUCCUCAGCGAAGAGCCUGCUGGUCGUGGAUCAAUGGGUACCGUGUGGAAGAUGAAACUGCAUCCCGAUUGCCAUCGGCUGCCGUUGGACGGGGACAUAGUUAUACGGAAGCAAAUUGAAUGUGGAAGAGACGGCGACAUGACCGUCUUCAAAAAGGAACUUGAAAACCUGUCCCUUCUUACCCAUUUGAAUCACCCGAACAUCGUUCAGUUGUAUUGCUCUUAUAUGUACAGGGACAGAUAUAAUCUUAUGUUUGCUGUUGCGAAUGGUGGAUCGCUGGCAGAUCUUUUGAAUGGAAAAGAAGGCACAAAGGGGCCAGACGGUUCACAACUGUGGCUAGCACUGGCAGAUUUGGCUUCGGCGAUUGACGCAUUGCACAACUUCACCUCGGAACUCCUUGAUCUCAGCCUGUCCGGAUGCCACCACGAUCUUGCUCCUCGGAAUAUCUUAAUCCAUGGCAAGACAUUCGUACUUGCGGACUUCGGCCUCUCCAGUUUUAGGAGCGCAAGUUUUAGGAGCGCAGAUGAAGAUUCUUUGACCACUUUCAAAGAUGUUCGUGGCUUUUACGUAGCGCCAGAGUGCCAGACCUUGGAUGACAAGAAAGUCAAGUCUCAGAAGGUCAACAGAGCUAGCGACAUAUGGUCUUUUGGCUGCAUUCUCUCGGAAGUGUUAACACAUAGUGUACUAGGGCCGAACGGCGUGGAGCAGUUUCGAUCUAAGAGGAAAGUUCAAGUGGCCUCUGGCAUGGAAUGGUUUCGUUUCCAUUGUGGGCCGGAGAGAUCAAACCCUGGAGUAGAGUGUUGGCUGGAAAACUUACAAGCAGAUGCCGGGCCAGUCUCUGCACGCUGGUACUUCGCAUUUCACCGACUGCUCGAUGAAUUACACCAAAGCAAGCUCGACAAGCUUGAGCUCGACUUUUCCAAGACAAUCCAAGCGUUAGAAGAGUUACACUACAUCUCGGAAGGUAGCAUAGGCGCAGGGCAACCACGGCGACGGACUUUUCUUCAAUAUCAUCACGCGAGAUUACUUGAGGCGCUUCCACCCCACUAUCGCUCUUUUGCCAAGGAGCGAAUGGUGGAGCUUGUCUUGGAGAGCAAUGAUGCGACACAAUUACGAGGGUUGUCCGAGGCAGUCACUGACGCAGGUGACGAAGACAUUGGGACUUUGGUAGCGGUCAAGCGCCUCACCAUUAUGUCUAAUGACGGCUCUCUAAUCGAGAAUAUGGAUCUAAUCCUGGACAAAAAUGAUGUCAAUUUGAGCGUGGAUAUCGACAACCAUAGUGCUGCAGUGCUGGAGACCACGUCGGAGCAUGUACUAGUGGAGUGGUUGCGAUAUGGGGAUGUGUGGGUCGACGAAGUUAUCGGAAUGUCAUGUCUGCUGUUUGAGCUUUAG